AUGCGUGCUGAUGUCUUGUUUAUAUGGACAGAUUGCGAUCGAGAAGGGGAGGCUAUUGGUGGAGAUUUGGCAGAUCUGUGUCGACAGACAAAGCCAAACAUCCCCGUCUGGCGAGCUCGUUUCUCAGCCAUGCAAGAUGCAGAAAUCCAUCAUGCUGCACAAAACCAUGCAGAAUUAGACAUGAAACAAGUAGAAGCUGUACGUGCUCGAUCAGAACUCGAUUUACGCAUCGGUGCAGCAUUUACUCGGCUACAAACGAUCAAUUUGCGUUCCUAUUUUGUCUCGUCAGAUGGAAGUAAAGUCAUUAGUUAUGGCAGUUGCCAGUUUCCUACUCUCGGCUUUGUCGUGGAUCGAUAUUUACAAGUCGAGAAUUUUAUACCCGAACAGUUCUGGAAGAUCAACAUGACUUAUGUUCAAGAAGGCGCACAGAACAAGCUGAAGACAACAUUUAAUUGGCGAAGAGAACACUUGUUUGAUAGAUGGGCAUGUUUUAUUUUGUACGAAAAAUGCUUUGAGAAGAAAGUAGCCACAGUGACCAAAGUCAAAUCGAAACAGACGUCAAAAUGGAAACCAUUGCCCUUGACGACUGUUGAGAUGCAAAAAGUGGCUUGUCGUGUCUUAAAUAUGUCUGGUAACCAUAUCAUGACAUUAGCAGAAGGAUUGUAUACACAAGGUUUAAUCAGUUAUCCGAGAACAGAAACAGAUCAAUUUGAUGCACAGUUUGAUUUUAUGACAUUGAUCAACAUGCAGACACAAGAUCCUCAAUGGGGAGAAUAUGCACAAUUAAUACGGGAUGGUGAAUUUCAACGACCUAGAAAUGGAAAAAACAACGAUAAAGCACACCCGCCUAUUCAUCCUACAGGCUACGAUCAACGACUUUCAGGCGAUGCCAAACGACUUUAUGAAUUUAUUGUGCGUCGAUUCCUGGCCAGUUGUUGGAAAAAUGCCAUUGGGCAUGAAACAACGGUGGAAGUCAAGAUGGAUACUGAAUAUUUUGAUACAAAGGGACUGGUCAUUCUUGAAAGAAACUACUUGGAAGUCUAUCCUUAUGAUAAAUGGAGUGGGAAUGAAAUCCCUGAAUUUCAAGAAGGCCAUGAAUUUGUGCCUGAUACACUUGAAAUGAUGUCUGGUCAGACAAGUCCUCCUCGUCUAUUGACCGAAACAGACUUGAUUAGCAUGAUGGAAAAGAAUGAAAUUGGCACCGAUGCUACGAUUGCAGAACACAUUCAAAAGAUUCUUGAUCGAGAAUAUGUGUAUAAGGAGAAUCAGUAUUUUAAACCAUUGACAUUGGGUAUUGCACUGAUUAAAGGUUAUGAUCAAAUUGGCUUUGAGUCCAGUUUAAGUAAACCCUUUUUACGGCGACAGACUCCAUCGUUCUCAUCGAACAGGAGGAUCAGGUCCUUUUAA